CAUUCCUUUUUGUUCUUCCCAUUUCCUUUUUUAGCAUUUCUUUUUGUUCUUCCCCUACUGAAUCUUUACUAUUUUUGGCCAUAGUUUUUUUACCAAUUUACCCUAAGAUUCCCCACUAUUUACAAAAAAUACCCUAAGAUUCUACCCUUUCCCACCCACUUUUACCCCACCCACCUUAUUUAAUUAAUUAACCUAACCCUACCCCCCCUCCCUUUAUUACCCGUCCCUAUCUCACAAUCCCUCCCUCACCUCUCAUUCUGAUUUCUCUCUCUCACCUCUUCGGAUCUCUCUCUCUCUCUUAUUUCACUCUCUCUCUCUCUUAAAAUUCCUCCCCUGUUCUUGAGAAAACCCUAGGUUUUCCGCCUCUGAUCUGGGUUUUCCUCUCCAAAUCUCGCAAAUCUGAAACGUUUUCGCAGAAAAACGUUCAUAAAAAUUACUCGGAAUCAUUUUCCGAUCAGAUCCCCUCUAUUUUUGUCCCCUUUUUGGUCCCUAAUCGUCGCUGAUCUCUGUUUUUCUGGUACUUUAUGGGUUCUUCUUUGUCUAGAACUCGAGGUGAUUCUGGGGUGGGAACUUCUGGUCAAAGAAUCCCCGAUUCCAACUGUGAUUGGGGAUCCAAGUGCAACUGUCCCAAUAACGAGCAUUCCUACUCCGCCGAAUAUAAAAACAAUCUGUAUUUGGCCCAAAAAGAAAAUACGAGUACUCGAAACUAUUUGGAAGAAUGGUUUCGGAAGAGGGAAGUGGAGCCAGGAGAGGAGGUUGAGUCAAAAUAUGACGAUCGGAAACCCACUCCCUCAGAUCUGCGUUUUUUCGGUGAAGGAGAUUCCGAUGAGGAACCAAGUGGGUCUGAUUCAUUUGAUCUGGUGUAUGUUGGAGAGUGUGAAAAUGAGAAUGGUGAUGCUGUUGGGUCUCCAGGACAACUUUCAUCUGGUUAUCCCUCCUCAAAGAAAGGAGAAAAGGGAAAAAAAUCGGCUUCAGCAUCUGAUGAUGCUUAGAUAAGUCUGUCUCCUUUCUCCCUUUUUUCAUUUUAUUGAAUGCUGGCUAGCUGUGGAGUCAUAAGGUGGAUGCCAACAACUGUGAUCUGUUGUUGGCCAGGGGUGUUGUUGUUUGGAUGAUGAUGUUGUGAUUAGUUGUAUGGAUGUUGAUGUUAGAUAUUUUAAGUUAUGAUAUUGAUAUUGAUAAUGAUGAUUGGAUGAUGGUG